AUGCUUUGGUUCGUGGCGGGCCUCACUGAAAGAACUGGACCAUCCCCCGUCUCGAGGAGAUUAUUAUCGACACAAUUCCUGUUUCCUCUGCACUCGGUCACUUGAACUCGGACUGCCCACUACCGACACUGCCCACUACCGACUGCCGGGUGGAGCACGAGGAAAGCUGCCCUUCCUCAGCCUUCGGCAUAGAAAAUGCGGCCUCCAUGAAUUUUAUGCGAAGCGUGGAGCGUUUCUAGCAGGCGUUUGAUGUAGGGUUUUCUGGUUCUGGUGAAAAGAACGAGCUUGACAUGGAGAAAUCAUAUGAUUUGAUGGCGUUUGGCGUUAGGAAUUGUUGAGCAGUAAUGAGAUAUCUUUCUCUCUCAUUUGACUCAUUCUCGACCAGUGCUUCGCUGCAUGAGAGGUCAACGGUGGCUAUCAUGAGAGUGGAACUCCAAACUGGAAAAAAGCAGCAAAUGGACAGUCAUUACGUCAAUGCACCAGAACCAUAUGUAGUCGAAGAGAAUUUUGAAGGAUACUUCCCCGACCAUAAUGAUCUCACACUUGCACAAAUUCUUCAGGAUCAGGAAACUGUCUAUGAGUCGUUGCAAAGGGAUGGCCAGUUUGAUACAGGCAAUUCUUCGAGCACCACUACCAUGGGAGAUCGUGAUGGUAGACUUCAGAGCCGUGAAAAUUCUUCUCAAACUGUAAUUGUUGACUCUCAGUUGGCCAUGGAUGAAGAGUAUGCCAGAGAAUUGCAAGAGUUAGAGAAUCAACUUUCUUAUGCUUCCCUCAACAGAACUUCUGCAACAGGAACUGAUUUUGCUCGUGCACAGUCUGCUACAUCAAACAGUGAAGGCACUUCUGCCAAUAACACCGCAACUCAGGUUGAUAGGCAGGAUAAUGUUGACCCAGAUAAUAUGACUUAUGAGGAAUUGCAAUCAUUAGGUGAAGCUAUUGGUAAGGCAAGCAGAGGAUUAUCUGAUGAGCUUAUAUCUUACUUGCCAACUUCUACAUACAAAAAUGGGUUAUUUUCAAGAAGAGAGAAAAUUGAAGAAUGCGUGAUUUGUUGUAUGCCUUACGAGAACAGAGAUAAGCUGAUCACAUUACCCUGCCAGCAUCAAUACCACAAAGAUUGUGUUAGUCAUUGGUUAAAAAUCAAUAAGGUAAUUUUGUAAGGUUAUAUACUUAUA